AAUAAUGAUUUUUUUAACGUAAGUUGCAAGAUUAAAAUGAUUUCUACAUAUGAAUGAGAUGUUUUAAAAUCUUUCAGUUCAUAUUUUGGUGUCCUUUCGUUAGGUCUAAAAAGAUAAAAGAUAAAUGGCUAAUUUCAAAUAGUUGAGAAUAACAGCGGCCAGGGGCGACAUGAUUGCAUCUGGUGUCAUAUUUAUCGUAUGGAUUUGAAACAAAUAUAAUGAAACCGUAAUGUCAACUGCUGUAGACAAAACAACGCCUGAUGAAGUUAUAAAAGACUUGGGAGGUUGUGGAAGGUACCAGGUGCGGCUGUGUGUCAUUAUCCACCUGGUGAAAACAGUGAUCAGUUUCAGCUCCGCAAACCUGGUAAUAAUAACUUCAGUGCCAGAAUGGAGGUGCAAUGACAACGUUUAUAACAAUGGUACUUUUCUGGAACCAUCCUGGAACCAAACUUGUUUAACAAUGAAUGGUACAGAAUGCGAUUCAUUUUCAUUUGAAGAAGAGACCAACACACUAGUAAGCGAGUUCAAACUGAUUUGCCGAAACGACUUUAUUCCAAGUACAGUAAAUUCCAUUCAACUGGCAGGAGCUAUGGCCAGCAAUAUCAUUUUGGGACACAUAGCAGACCGGUUAGGUCGGAAACCCAUAUUUCUGAUAUCAAUACUAUUUGUGUUAUCAUCCUGUUUAGUCGGAUUUUUCUCAGUCUCUUUGGAAAUGUUCGCAGUGUCAGCUUUCUUUACUGGAUUUGGAUAUGGUGGCUUCUUUACUACACACUAUAAUUUAAUGUCUGAAUAUACUCCAGCAAGGUGGAGAGGCUUCGUAAUUGGAUUCCCGUCAUAUCCGUUACAUCAAUGUUUGCUAUCACUAAUUGCUUGGCGGAUUCGAGAAUGGCGUUACCUCUUAUUAAUGACAUCAAUACUAGGAAUGCCGUGUUUCCUUGCGGCUUACCUUAUAGUUCCUGAAAGUUUCCGCUGGUAUAUAGCACAUGAGAAAUUUGACAAAGCAAAAGAGAUCGUCAAAUCAAUUGCCAAGUUUAACCGCAAUUAUGAUUUCAACACUGCAGUUGACCUGAGAAGGCUCGAUAAUCAAACCAAAUUGCGAUAUUCGUUACUUAAUCUGUUUCAAACACGGACACUGGUGAAAGUAACACUGUUUUCAGCCCUUAAUUGGAUAACACUGGGAGUCGUAGUAUUCGGCUUACUAUUUGGGAUACAGAAUCUCUCAGGAAACUUGUACUUGAAUAUUUUUUUAUUUAGUUUAACCACGAUUCCUUCGAAAGCAAUUGCCACGUGGCUAAGUAACAGAAUUGGUCGAAAAAAGGCAACACACAUUUGCUUCACCGUUGUUGGAAUUGCAGGUCUUACAGGUGGCGUUUUGCAAACAUUAGAUGUAAAAUUCAAGGAUCAACUUACCACCGUGCUAGCCAUUAUAGCAAACUCAAGUACAUCAGCAGCGUGGGGAACAGUACAGACAAUGACAGUAGAACUCUAUCCAACUGUCAUAAGGAACAUUGGAUUUGGGAUGCUAAGUUUCAUCGGAGGAAUCGGUUCAGUGAUCGGGCCACAAUUUGUAUAUCUUGAUACAUAUAUGCCAGGAAUUCUGCUAUAUCUUUGUGGUGGACUUUCUGUUCUGUGUGUGAUAGGUACAUCGCUGCUCCCAGAAACUAAAGAUAAAUACCUUCUGGAUAUAAUACAGGUUGAUGCACCAGUAACUACAGCCUUAAAUGAGGUUUCAGAGCUACCAGAAGGUAUAGAAGAAGAGAUAGCUGGUGUGAAUGGCCACAUCUAAAUAAAUUGACUUUUAAUUCAACAAUAAUAGUUGUAUCACAAUGUGUUUUAUCAUACAUCACAUCUUAACAAUAUAAAUGUGCGAAUUUUAAUAAGUUUCAUGAAUCUUAUAUCAUUGUUACAUAUUUAUAUUUAUUAAAACUUCCUUCCAGUUGUUUGAAGAUUGCUACAUAUUCAUUUAAACUUCCCUUUACUUGUUGGAAGAUUGUUACAUAUUCAUUAAAACGUCCAUCAGUUGUUGUAAGAUUUUUGAAAAUAUCUCAACUAUGUCAUCUUUGUGAAAUAUUAGUGCACUGGCUCUCAAAUCAUUUGAUACAUAAAAAUGUCGAACUGAUUCAGAGUCAUUCACUGGCAAGUACUUCCUAAGAAAUUCAUUUUACGAAGUACACGAGUUAUGUCUUCGCUAUGUGUACUAAUACACGGCAGUUGUUCUUUUAUUUUAAGUAUCUUGUAAUAUUUGGAUCAUUUGUUAUGGAAUUUGUAUGAGGACGUCGGAAAGUGUUUUAUAUAAUAUAGAAAGAAAUACAUGUACAAAAAUAUUUAACACAAAAAUAUGUUUGACAUACCUUAAAAAGUAACAUUGACUUCCAGUUGAACUAAUUUUAACCACUGCAGUGAGUUCAUGAUACUUUGAAAUUACGAGACCAAUUAGCACACCUUUUCGUUACAUUUGAAUGAAAUAAUGAAAGUUGAAAAUUGG